AUGAUCAGACACGAACUCGUGCAGGAGGAAACGACCUUGAAGCCUAUGCCGUACCCACAUCCAAAGCUCCAAAAUGUUACAUUAUGGGAUCUCCCGGGAGUUGGAACCACCAAAUUCCCAGCUGAUAAGUACCUGGAGCACUUUAAGUUUGAACACUUUGAUUUCUUUAUCAUCGUAUCAGCUGAUCGCUUCACAGAGAAUGAUGCCAAGCUUGCUAAGGAGAUCACGAAAAUGGGCAAGAAGUUCUACUUUGUCCGCUCUAAGAUUGACCACAAUCUAAGUGAUGCAGAAAGGAGCCAGAGGGACUACAAUAAAGAAAAUAAACUUCAGCAAAUCAGGAAAAGCUGCAUUCAAGGACUUGAAGCACUUGGUAUGACGUCUCCUCGGGUCUUCCUGGUGUCUAGUUUUGAUCUCCAUUUGUACGACUUCCCCGCCCUCCAGGAGACCAUGGAGAGAGAGCUUGAUGCACUCAAGAAAGAUGUUCUGAUCUUAGCCCUUCCCAAUGUCAGCAUAUCCACCAUUCACAAGAAGCAAGAGGUUUUCCUUUCACAAAUAAAGUACUAUGCUUUACUGUCUGCAGCUGUAGCAAUUGCACCUAUUCCAGGGCUUUCCAUUGGUGUUGAUCUAGGCCUUCUAGUCAUUCUUCUUACAACCUAUGUGUUGGUGUUGGGUCUUGACGUAAAGACGCUGUUGAAACUUUCAACUACCUCAAGCAUCCCUUUAGCAGAUAUAGAGGCAGAGUUUAAAUGUCUUUGUUCUGGAAAGGAAAUCGAUAAAGGGCUUAUUAUUACUAUGCUUGGUUCUCUAUCAUUAAUGAUGUCGGCUGCAGCAUUAGAGGAAGGUUCCAGAUUUAUUCCUUUUUUUGGAUGGCUGAUAGCCGCUACAGUUUCUUACACAUCCAUGGUGUUCUUUUUGAAAUUUGUUCUUGACCGCCUAUGUGAUGAUGCAACAAAUGUUCUGAAAAAAGUAAAACACAUUAAGUAA